AUGAUUUUUGAUCAGGCUGGGGAGUUGCGUGAUAGAGAAAUGGACUUUAGAGCACAGAUUACGGCACUUGUUAACAAAGUUAAAGAGAAAAGCAAGGCAGAAACUGAGGCCGGGGAUGGAGGUCCUGUUGUGACAGAGGUGGACAUUCAGCAAAUUGUUUUUUCUUGGACUGGCAUACCUGUAGAAAAAGUGUCAACUGAUGAAUCUGUCCGCCUCCUCAAGAUGGAAGAGACCCUACACAGGCGUGUCAUUGGCCAGGAUGAAGCUGUCAAAGCCAUCAGCCGUGCUAUCCGUCGUGCCCGUGUUGGACUCAAGGAUCCCAAUCGACCUAUUGCUAGCUUCAUCUUUUCUGGUCCAACUGGCGUUGGGAAGUCAGAACUGGCAAAAGCACUAGCUACCUACUAUUGUGGUUCUGAAGAAGCCAUGAUCCGGUUGGAUAUGAGCGAGUUCAUGGAGAGACACACUGUUUCCAAGCUCAUCGGUUCACCGCCUGGCUACGUUGGUUACACAGAAGGUGGCCAGCUUACUGAGGCUGUUCGGCGACGUUCUUACACAGUUGUACUCUUUGAUGAGAUUGAGAAGGCUCACCCAGACGUCUUCAAUAUGAUGCUUCAGAUUCUUGAGGAUGGAAGGUUGACGGAUAGCAAAGGCAGAACUGUGGACUUCAAGAGUACUCUUCUAAUUAUGACCUCGAAUGUUGGAAGUAGUGUGAUUCAGAAGGGAGGACGCGGAAUUGGUUUUGAUCUUGGUUGUGAUGACAAGGAUAGCAGUUACAACCAAAUCAAGAGCCUGGUGACAGAGGAACUGAAGCAACACUUCAGACCAGAGUUCCUAAAUAGAUUGGAUGAUAUGAUUGUGUUCCGGCAGCUGACGAAGCUGGAGGUGAAGGAGAUAGCGGAUAUAAUGCUUAAGGAAGUUUUCGAGAGGCUGAAAACCAAUGAUAUAGAGCUUCAGGUAACGGAGAGGUUCAGAGAUAGGGUUGUGGAGGAAGGAUACGACCCAAGUUAUGGGGCAAGGCCCUUAAGAAGAGCCAUAAUGAGACUCUUGGAGGACAGCAUGGCCGAGAAGAUGCUUGCAGGAGAGAUCAAAGAAUGUGAUUCAGUUAUUAUCGAUGUUGACUCUGAUGGUAAUAUGACUGUUCUCAACAGUAGCAGUAGGGCCCCUGAGUCUACCAUCAAACCUUUUAACCUUUUGACCGUUACUCCUUAGUUAUCUUUACUGCUGCUUUUCUUUCAAAUUGGCUAUGGUUGUACUCUAUCUUGAAACAGUCUGGCAGUAGAGCAGAAGCCACUCCGAAAAUUUAUAGAGUUUUAAGGAUGUAGUUCUAUUACACUACGGUUGUUGCAUGUAUAGUUUGAAUCAGAUGGUAGAAUGUUGUUUAGUGUUGGUUUUAUAGAG